AUGGACGACCUGUGGCAAAUCGCCGGCGGGUUAUGCUCUGUGAUAGAAACAGCCGGUGCGACUGGGCACCCUGUGCACACAAAGAUUACGAACAGUGGGGUAGCUGUGGGUGAGCUGAGCGAGCUGGACAACAAUGAGGCUCAGAGCAGGAGCCAGGAGGCCCAGACGCGGCGUUGUUGGUGCUGCGCAGGGCGUGAGAGCGCCAGAAGCUUGCGCGCCUCGGGAAGCGAAUUCCUGAGGUUCGAGGAUCUUUUGGGGGCAGUGCUGGACCCUGUUGCCAGGCUUGUGCGAUUGGUUCAUUGCCCGAUAAUUUCUGGAACCCGAGCUCGAAGAGACGUGUUCCUGCACAUUGGUGGUGGCGAGAAGGUGCUGGAAGCUGUGAGAGAAUGGGCCAGUCAAGUGAACGACAGGUGUACAACAAAGGGCCUGCGGAGAUACCAUGUUCUCAUCAAUCCAGCGAGUGGCAGCGGAAAUGCUGCAUCCACAUGGCAGCAAGUUCGUGAGCUCUUCGCCUGUCUGCCUUUCUUGGAGAUCACAGAGACGCAUACAACGCGUGCUGGGGAAGCAUGUGAGAUUGCUUCCCAGCUAGACCCCAAUCAGUGUGACGGAAUCAUCGUAAUCAGUGGCGAUGGCAUGGUGCACGAAGUCUUCAACGGCCUCGCCCACCGCAGCGACCGAGGGGAGGCCCUGCGGAUCGCCGUGGGCCACAUCCCAGGAGGGAGCGGGAACGCCCUUGCCAAGAGCAUCCUCCACUCCAGCGGUGAGGCGUUCGGUGCCUUGGAGGCGGCCUUUCUGAUCGCAAAGGGCAAGCAGAGAGAGGUGGACCUGAUGACCGUCUCUCAGCCGAACCAGCCAGACCGCAUCUCCUUCUUGGGCUUGUCCGCUGGUGUCAUUGCAGAUGUGGAUCUUGGUUCUGAGUGGCUGCGCUUCAUGGGAGGCUUCCGCUUCACCCUCUAUGCUGCAGUGUGUAUUGCUUACCCCAGGCCGCUCGUUGCUGAGCUGCACUACUGGCCCGCCACAAGCGAGGCACCAGCAGGUCCAGCGCCAGGCCUUGACUCCGAGCUUCCACCGGGGCCAUGGGUGUCCAUUUCUGGGGCAUUUACCAUCUUCUGGUCUGCCAACAUGGCAUGGAUGUCUUACAAAGUACACCUGGCACCUGGGCAGUGUAUGGGAGAUGGCACGUGCUCCCUGGUCAUUCUCCGCGAUGCAGGAAGGCUGGCCCUGACUCAGUUUCUACUGGCACUGGAAUCUGAUAGUGGUACACACCUUGAUGUGCAAGGUGCGGAGAAGCUGGAGUGCAAAGCAUUCCGCCUUGUUCCCGCGGCUUCCGUUCGUGGCUAUUUCAGCUUGGACGGCGAGGAGGUACCAUUGCAGCCCAUCCAGUUCUGGCCAACGGGGCAGGGCCGCGUGAUAGGAUCUUCUCCAGAUUCGCGUAUGGACUCUGUGAUGAAUGUCUGA